GACCCCGAGCCGUCCGCGGCCGGGAGACCCCUGCCCCCCUCUGCCUCGCCCGCGGGGCUGUGGAAUUGGUGCGAGUCCCUCGCUGGCCUCCGCGGCCCGGUCUGUCUUCACUCGUGGCGCGACGCAGCUAAUGGCCCUUCAGCCGCGCGCUGUCCCACGCGGCUAGGCGGACAUGCUGGGGUUUCGGCGUCUCCCAGACCCUUCACGGCCUGAGACCGUGGCUCAAGAAAGGCCGGGCGUGGAUGGCCUUGGAGAGGGUGGCCUUUCUCUCUAUUUUCCCUAACCGCCCCCCAAGGUUCCCCUGUGAUACAUUAACAUAACCAACUUUCCAUAAUGUUUGGUGGCUAUGAGACUAUAGAAGCAUAUGAAGAUGACCUUUAUCGAGAAGAGUCAUCUAGUGAACUAAGUGUUGAUAGUGAGGUAGAAUUUCAGCUCUACAGCCAAGUUCAUUAUGCCCAGGAUCUUGAUAAUGCCAACAGAGAGGAAGGACAUGAAGAAGAGAACUCUGGGAAUUCUGAAUCAUUCAGUAGUAAACCAAAUCAGAAGAACUUAAUUGUCCUUUCAGAUAAUGAGGUCAUCCAGCUAUCAGAUGGGUCAGAGGUCAUCACUUUGUCUGACGAAGAUAAUAUUUACAGAUGUAAAAGAAAGAAUAUUAGAGUCCAAGCACAAGAAAAGACCCAAGGUCCUUCUGCUUCUCAUUCUAAUGAAUUGGUUGAUAAGAAAUGCAAAAAGGAUUCUGAGAAACCUAAACCUGAAGAGAGAUCAGGUGUGAUCCGAGAGGUAAUGAUUAUAGAGGUCAGUUCAAGUGAAGAGGAGGAGAGUGCCAUUUCAGAAAGUGAAAAUGUUGAAAGCUGGAUGCUCCUGGGAUGUGAAGUAGAUGAUAAAGAUGAUGAUAUCCUUCUCAACCUUGUGGGAUGUGAAAACUCUGUUACUGAAGGAGAACAUGAUGUAAAUUGGUUCAUCAGUGACAAAGAUAUUGAGGCCAGGAUAGGUAAUAACAGAUCACCUGGAAGAUGGGCCCGCCGAUACUAUUCAACCAACAAAAACGUCACCUGUAGAAACUGUGGCAAAUGUGGACAUUUGUCAAAAAACUGCCCCUUACCACAAAAAGUCCGACCUUGCUGCCUCUGCUCUGAGAGAGGACACCUCCAAUAUGCCUGUCCAGCCCGCUUUUGCUUAGACUGUUUUUUGCCCAUGUCUUCUACUCACAGAUGUCUUGAAAGAUCUUCCUGGAGAAAACAAUGUGAUCGAUGUGAUAUGAUAGGCCACUAUGCUGAUGCUUGCCCAGAAAUCUGGAGGCAGUAUCACCUAACGACCAAAUCUGGACCACCCAAAAAGCCGAAGACCCCUUCUGGACAAUCAGCGUUAAUGUAUUGCUACAACUGUGCACAAAAAGGCCAUUAUGGACACGAAUGUUCAGAAAGACGAAUGUUUAACCAGACAUUUCCGACAUCUCCCUUCAUCUACUACUAUGAUGACAAAUACGAAAUCCAGGAGAGAGAUCGGAGAAUAAAACGAAAAGUAAAAGAACUCAAGAAGAAUGGAGAUUUUCCAAGGCAGUUCAAGAGACUGCAUACGGAAGCAGCGGGCAAAAGACCCCACCCUGAUAUGAGAAAGAGCCAUGCCUCAAGGAAAAGCAACAGGUGGCCCCGAGAAGAUAAAGAAACCCAGAAAGAAAUGAAUAGGAACAGAGAACGUGAGAAGCACAGGAAGGCUGAUAGGCAUCAUGAAGUGGAUGAGGACUUUCCUCGGGGCCCAAAAACCUACUCUUCUAGCAGUCUUAAAACCCAGAAGCCUCACAAGUCCUUUCACCAUUCAUCACAUUACCACAAGCCAAGGGAAGACAAGCAUUCCAAAGAGGGAAUGCGGGGCAAGCAGAGGAAAAAGGAGAGGUGCGUGGAAGAUGAUAACAAUGAUAAUUUAUUUCUUAUUAAGCAGAGGAAAAAGAAAUCUAAGCUGUGAAAUAGUUUCUCAUCUGGCUUUCCAUUAUUCAUUUGGUCUUAAUGUCUACAACAUUCUGGCAACAUUUUUAUUUUUUAUGAUUAAAUAAAGGGAAGUUUUGGUUAUGAUUAUUUAAUUUCAGCCAUACCUAGAGUUGCUGAACAAAAACCAUGGAGAUCUUAGUUCUCCAUGUCCAGCAGGUUAUUAGGAAGAUGUUUUUAUUCUCAGUCCUUGAGACAGGAAAAGUCAGUCUUUUCAAGAAAACUUUUUAUAAAGACUUUGGAAAAUAAAAGCUAAUCACAUGUAAUUCAUUUGCAACAUGAGUAUGAAGAUUAAAUCCUUGUAGGAUUACUAAUAAGAAAUAUGCAUCACUCUUUUUCAGCGUUUUUGUUUUUUUAACAUUGUAAAGGACAGUGUAUGUAAAUAUAAAUCCAACUUUUCUUGCUCCUGAGCUGUUGUCUGAAUCUUCCUUUGGACAGAAAGAACAUUACAGGCUGACUAUAAAAACAAAGGUGUGUCAUCUUUGAAACCCUGAGGUGGCAGGGAAUUGGGCUAUAACAAAAUAUAGGAAAGAAAUCUGUCCAGAAUGAAUGUAUAAGACAGAUUUCCUGAACCAAGUAAAAAAGAGUCAUCAAAAUUUUAACAAUCACAGUAAAACAGUUUUUACCUUUUGUACAACCACAUUUCAAGAAGAUUGUCAGAUAUAGAAAUAAAUAU